AUGGAUGAGACUCUACUCCAUGCCCAACCCGUCAUCGGCUGUUCGCCUCGGCCGGACAGCCGCGUGAUCCAAUUCGAGUUCAAGGAGCAACUGCUCGCUGUCGACUACGUUACGCGACCAGGUGUCUUCCCCUUCCUCGACCAGCUCCUCGUCGAGGGCUACAAGCUCGCUGUCUUCACCGCCGGCAUCCAGCCCUACGCCGAUGCGGUGCUCGACAGUUUCGACCCCACCGGCCGCUACUUUGGUCGAGGAGAUCGCUUCUACCGUCAGCACAUGGUCGGUGGGAAGAAGGACCUACGCGCCGUCUUUGGCGACGACCUCUCCGGCGUGGUGCUCAUCGACGACAACGCCCACGACAUCGUCCCCGAAGAUCAGCUCGACCACGCCGUCUGUGUCGACCACUGGCGUGGAGACCCAUCGACGACACCCCAGGCCCUCGCAAGUCUCAAGAGAGCAGCCAAGGCCCUGGCCAACAAGCAAACUGCAAUGUCGGAUCUCGAGCGUCAACACAAGGAGGCCAAGGCUGCCAUCGAGGAGACCCGUUGGAGACGAGCUAGCGCCAUGCGCGCCUGGCUGAUGGCUGUGGCCAGGGAGAGGUGCAAGUGGGCGGCUGUCAAGAAGCAGGUCGGUGUCGAGGAGGUCCGUGUUGAGGAGGUCUGCAUCGAGGAGGUCCGCAUCGAGGAGGUCGGCGUCGAGGAGGUCUGCAUCGAGGAGGUCGGCGUCGAGGAGGUCUGCGUCGAGGAGGACUUCAAUCAAGGGAGAUUCAUCUUCAACUUCUUCAUCACCCUCAUCAUCAUGAUUGGAGCUUGGGUGAUGUGGAAUGGCCACGCCGAGGAGGGCCUCACCAAGGAGGAGGAGGUGCCCAUCAAGGAGCUGGCUGUCGAGGAGGUCGGCAUCGAGGAGGUCGGCAUCGAGGAGGUCCGUGUCGAGGAGGUCGGCGUCGAGGAGGUUGGUGUCCAGGAGGUCAGCGUCGAGGAGGUCGGCGUCAAGGAGGUCGGCAUCAAGGAGGUCAGCGUCGAGGAGGUCAGCAUCAAGGAUGUCAGCAUCAAGGAGGUCAGUGUCAAGGAGGUCGGCGUCGAGGAGGUCAGCAUCGAGGAGGUCAGCGUCAAGGAGGUCAGCAUCAAGGAGGUCUGCAUCAAGGAGGUCCACGUCAAGGAGGUCUGCAUUGAUGAGGUCCACAUCAAGGAGGACCACAUGGUCAAGCCCCAUCAGAGGAGGAGGCCAGCGAGAGUGAGGCCUGCAGCAACCUUCAAGGGAUGGCUCUUCUCAAUAUCCCAGCAGGACCUGCCUGUUGGCUGA